CUUGCCUUUGUUUGUUGUGAUGGUUUUAUUCGAAACAAAACAUUUAAAAGAACAAUCCUGGAAACUAGAAUUUAGAAUUAUUAUUGAUGAUAGAAAUAGAUAAUUAUGAUUCAGUACGCUGUGUCUAUAUCGAAUAAUAAUUAUAGAAAACAAUGUGCAUUAAUGAGACAGUCUAGUUAGUAGACACACAUAUGGUGUACAUAAUAUAAAAAAUUAGCUACAUUUUCUAGUCAAAGUUUGAUUAAAUGUCUAUUUAAGGAGAAAAUAAUUUAAUUAAUAUAACGAGUACAACUACAAAUAAUUUAUUGUGGGGAUAAAAAUGGCUUUUACAAGGCGUUUAAUUGAACUGCCUCUCUUGCUCACAUUUUUUGCUUUUGAAUUAUUAGGUCCAGUAGGAACAAAUCUAACUCUAUAUCGUACCUGCUACAUAAUAUUAGGAUAUAACCAAACAGAAUGUGCCUUGUUAGGAAACACGGAGAGUCCUACAUUAAAUGAUUUACAGAAGAAAGUUCAACCAACAGUAAAUGUUAUAAGUACAGUCAGUUCAAUAGUUACUCAAGUAUUUGGAUUAACUAUUUGUUUGUUUGCUGGUCAAUGGUCGGAUAAGUUUGGAAGGAAACCCAUUCUGUUGGUGUCACAAAUAGGCCAAUUUUUUAGUUUGUUAAUCAUGGUAGUGUUUAGUGCCAUCCCUUCCAUAAAUCCAUGGUAUUUCAUGUUGUCGUCUAUACCGUCAAUGUUAACUGGUGGAUUUGCAGCAUUUUUAGUGACAAUAUUGUCUUACAUUUCUGAUAUUAGCACUGACGAAACUAGAGGAAUGAGAAUGGCCCUAAUGGAAGGGAUGUUAGGAGCAGGCAUGCUAUUUGGCAGUCUUUGUAGUUCCUAUCUAUAUUAUGCAACUAACUACCCGUCCAUGUAUGGUAUCUCAGCUGGAAUAAUGGGAUUAAACAUAAUUUAUAUUUAUUUUUGUUUGUCCGAGUCUUUGGAAAAUAUCGAACAUGAAAAAAGUUGGAAGGAUAUUUUCAAACCCUCAGACCUAAAAGGAAUGGUUCACGUAAUAACCAAACCAAGAGCAAACUUCAACAGGGCGAUAAUUAUAUUAAUGACUGUGAUUAUGGUAUUGUAUAUUUUCAUAUCCAACGGUGAUGGUAAAACAUACUUGUUCUUAAUGGGAAAGUUUAACUGGGAUUUGCAACAUUACACUAUUUUUAACAGUGUAACUAUCAUAGUCUUCGUUAUUGGUACUCUCGGUGGUACCUACGUUUUCAAGAAGAUGGCGGUAACCGAAUCAGUCGUUAUAUUAUUAGGUUUGAUGUGUGCAUUCAAUGGUGACUUAGUACGAGGACUUGCAACAACAGAUUUUCAUAUUUAUUUUGCGGCUGCAGUAAAAUUUAUUUCUGGCAUAAUAAGCCCACAAUCCAGAACCCUAAUCUCAAAAUUAGUACCUGAUGACGAGAUAGCCAAAGUAUUUGCUUUGAUAAUGGUGGUUGAAUUUAUUGUUAGUAUAGGAUCUUCGCCAUUUUAUACUUUUAUUUACAAUGCCACGGUCGAUACUGAUCCAGGAUUUUAUAAUUUUGUAUCUGCUGGACUUUUCGGCAUCUGUAUUAUUAUAAUUCUAAUUAUAAUGUUCCUGGAAUACAAAACAACUUUAUCCUAUGAGGAACUAAUCAUUGAAGAGGAACAAGAUACACCAGAAACACUUGCAGAGAGAAUUUAAAAAUGUAAAAAAACAUUAAUUACUCGAAUAAUUUGUUUAUUAACAACGGACAUUUCAUUUUAAAACGUUUUUAUAUACUUGGUUUCGUCUUUGUCACUGUCUUCGCAAAUUUUGUAAUCCAUUUUAAACAGAGUUCUAGGCACCUGAAAUUUUCAGAAUAGCUCAAAACUUGCUAACAAUGCAAUAUUUAACUGCUAUUAUAUGGAUAAAUCUUCUUCUUCUUCUUCUUCUUAUUUUCUUCUUCUUCUUGCAACUAGGAUUACUCCUGUACUCCUGUUUGUCUGCCUCUUAUUCUGUUUCAAUUGUUGUUGACUGUACAUUGUCUUUCAACCUUUUCGGCGGCCUUCCAACGGGUCUUCUGCUAUACGGCUUGUUGUUUUUACAGAUGUUCGCUAAUCUGUCUGGUUUCAUUCGAUUUAUACGAGUAUGUUCGCUCCAGUUUUUCAUUAUUGAUAAAUCGAUUUUUUUAAUUUCAAACUAUUUUAAAAAUGUGACUAAUGCAAUGACAUUUAGAUUCCAUUUAAGUACGUCAACAAAUCAAUAAUUACAAAUUGAUGGUGUCUCAGUGGUAGAGCAUUAGACUGCAAAUCGAGAGGUCCCGAGUUCGAAACCCGGCUGUUGCGUAUUUUUUUUUAAUUUUUUAAAUAAAUACUUAAAAGUUAAUAUACUUAAAGUUCAUAUUUUAUAAGUUAAUUAUUACCUAUAUAUUAAUAUUAUAUAUACCAUUUUAAAUAUUUUCUUUGGUUUAUAUGAGUUUAAAUCCGCUAGAGAAAAUAUGCCUCUAAAAUAGUCGAUUACAAAAUUCUUUUAUGACAGAAAUUGAAACAACAAAAUAGUUUAUAAUUUUAUAUUGGGUCCUAUUAAUAAUGAAAACGUUUUAUUAUAAAAAGUUCUUUUUUUUAUAAAAGUGUAAUUAUUAAAUACUUUUAAACCAAAAAUAUCACUUGGAAAAUAGCGUUGUUAAUUAUUACUAUUACUAAAUGAUUGUUGCUGUUUGGUUCGCUACCAGGCUAACUGGUAACUGGUAAUGGAACUGAGCUAACACAGCUGUUAAUAGGGCUAUUCAUCGCUUUUCUUUUUUUUUCGUAUCCUUGACGUAUGGCGUAUAAUAUAUCUACGUCAUACGUCAUUGCUAUAUCCCAAUUAUACAGGGUGAGGCAGAUAGACGGCCAAUUAGAAAUAUCUCGAGAACUAAAGACAACUGAACCAUGAAAAUUGGAAUGAAGGGGUUUUGAAGAGUGAGCUGUUUAAUGAAAAUAUUUUCAUCUAGUUGCUACUUCCGGUUAUACCGGAAGUUGCUUAUAGCUUCGUUUUUUUUAAUGGGACGUCCUGUAUAUUUUACACUUUUGGAUUCUCCUCGAUGUCUUCUUUCUAAAAAUGUCAGGUUUUGUAAUGUUUAAUGGGGUGGUUUAAAAGACAAUUACGAUGACUUUGUAUAUUCAAAAUAUAUAAAACCAUCAUAUGACCAUAGCCACAUAUGGCGCAGAAAAAUGGAUCAUGACAGAAAAAGCCAAUAACCUUAUUAAUACUUUUGAAACAAUUAUAUUUAGGAGGACCCUUUUGCGACAAUAGCAUGUAAAGAAUAAGGUUCAACCACGAGUUAUAUCACUAUUAUUACAAAGAACCCUCUCUAGAGCAAAUUAUACAAAAAUUAAAAGAAAUCGCUGGGCUGAUCACAGAAUAGAUACCUAAUGAUGGAACUAUGAUGGAACGUCGGCUUAAGCUUUCAAAUGGUGUGUAAGCCGUCACGAUCAGAUAUAUAUACACAGCUCAGUAUAGCCGAAAACUGAACAACUAUACUUUGAAAAUUUUGGUUUUUCGACAAUUACUCAAAAUUUCAACAUACGAAUUGCGCCAAUAACUAAGCGUUUGUAGAAGGACUCUAGACGAAUCUAACGGUGUGUACCUCAUAUCCGGGAAAAUUCGAAUUUUUAAGUUAUAGGCUUCAUAAGUAUGAUCAAAUCUAUUAUCUAUGGGAAAAAACGGUUUUCAAGCUCAAUAAUUCCUGUAAUAGCUUCAGUUAUCAUACUUGACCUUAGAUGCAUCAGAUACUAUUUGUCAAUACGUUUCAAACUCAUGUUUAGUGAUCAAAAUCGGUUAAGCCGUUUAGAAGUUAUUAAGCUACAAAAGUAUAAUCCAAUUAACGAUUAUUCCCGAAAUGGUUUAUGUAGUUGUAGUUGGCAACGGGCAAUCCGAAUUUAUUUACCGGCCAUCCCAAUAUUUUUUUUUCAAUCUAUUUCGAAUAGAAAAAAAAUUAGUGUACAUUCGAUGGACACUAGAUCAUUUGGGAGGUAAUGCGACAAAGGCGACCAUUUAUAAAGCUUAACGUGUAAUUGAGAAACAUUGCAUUCAACUUCAUGCAUUUAAUUUAUGAAUAACUUUGAAAAACUCCUGAUACAAGAAUAAAAAAUGAGUGGCGCAUACAAUAUUCCAGCUACAAAAGAUCUGAUAUGAAUAUUACGUGGCGAGAAAGUGUAUUUUCAUUUUGAUGCAAAACAAAAUUCUAGUUUUAUUUUAAAAUAUUUUCCAUAAUAUUUGCUAAAUUUGAAGUGAACGCGCCUCAAAAGUGUUUCAAAAUUCAAACUGUAUCAAAGUUACUCUUUUGUGACGCGUUUUAUUUCAAAUUGAGCAAAUAUUAUGGAAAAAUAUUUUAAAAUAAAACUAGAAUUUUGUUUUGCAUCAAAAUGAAAAUACAUUUUCGCGCCACGUAAUAUUCAUAUCAGAUCUUUUGUUUCUGGAAUAUUGUAUGCGCCACUCAUUUUUACGGUGUUUAGCUGUUUUUUUUAUUCUUGUACAGAUUUACAUUUUCAUCGUGAACUUAAAUAUUAUUAAUUUAUUACUGACAGUGUUGCCAUAGUUAUACAAAAUAAAGUUUUCUUAUAAAAAUAAAUUCACUUAAAAAACACUUCUUGUUUUCACUAUCAAUCGAAUCAAAUCGAAUUCCAAAAUCUUUGAAAUCAUCAAAACUAUUUCAUUCACCAAGCAAUCUAGAUAAUUCGCUUUAGUAGACAAUUAUCACUUGUUUGACAAUUAAUUAGUACUGGGCAAUCAUUUAGGGUUAAUUUUCAAAGCAUGAUCUGUAUUAUGAGGUUUACUCAUAAGUCGGAUGUGGUGGACAGUGUAGAAAUAGUGUAUUAUCCUUCUUUUACAAUUUUUUAUCAUCUGAUCGAUUUUAAAUAUUUUACUCUUAUUUAUUUAGAUUUUUAUAAUUUAUCGCAUUUUUUUAGUAAAUAUUAGCAAGUAUUAAUAACAAUAUCAAUGAGAUAGUGUGUCACAUCAUUUCAGUACAAUUUGUUGUCACCGCUUUUCUAUUUUUAAUUGUAGAAAAACAUUAAAGUAUACUUACAAUAAUAUAAAAAAAUAUUGUUUGACUUAAAAUAAAAGGCACUUUUUAUUAAUAAACAAAUUAUUCGAAAUGAAAACCCAAGUUAAAAAUUUAAUUUGUUGACCAAAUUUAUGCGAAAUUGGAUAGAUAUUAAAUUGGAACUAGAAUGUGAUAUUGUACCCAAGUAAAAUAUGAUUUAUAGAUCAUAACUUACCAGAAUGUGAUAAAUAUUUUUAUAUAAAUUUUUAUUAUAAAAGGAUAGUUAUUAAUAAAAUAUUAAAGAAU